AAUAAUGUGGCAAGGCUUGUACAGUAUGUCCAAAAAAACUCCACCAAAAAUUACACUAAAGAUCACUAUAUUUAAACUAUUUUAAGAAUAUAUUUUCUUUGGUGUGUAGUUAAGUUUACAUUUGGAUAGAAAUCGUUGUUUUUUGGCAAGUUUUUGAGAUAAAAUGUGGCACGAGGCGAGACGAGUUGAGAAGCAGAUUCGAGGUAUGAUGGUGAACUUCAAGAAAAGAGCUGAGAGAAGACGAGCUUUUUACRGCAGAAUGAAACAAGAUCCAGUGCAGUUAUUGAGACUUUAUGGACACAAAUGUAAAAUCCACAUUGAUCACCAAGUGGCAACAGCAGCAGAGCACAGCUCUGUGAUGAUGCCUUGGCAAGGACAUGCUGAUAACAUGAUUGACAGGUUUGAUGGUCGUGCUCAUCUUGAUAUCAUUAAUGAAAAUUCAUCAGAAGAGGUGAUUGCAGGCCCUCUGAUGGAAACAGAUCCUGAACAAAAUCGUUUAAAUUAUGAAAGAUAUAGGACUCUGGUCAUGAUAGAUCACAGUGGAGAAGUAUUGCAAAGGCAUCUAUUGGGUACACAUAUGAYGACAGCCCUGCUGCAUCAGGAACAGCCGAAGAAGGAGAUAGUGAUGACAGUGAAAGUGACAGUGAAAGCAUUCCCAGUGACAUAGAUGUGACAGUAGAUGUGGAUGAGCUGACGAAGCAAGAAAUAAAAGAUUUAGAUUCUCUUGCUAUGAAUUAUGGCAUGGCUCCAGCACAAUACUGCAGGAAACUAAAGGUUGAUAAAGUUGAAGCUGAAGAACAAAAAAGGAUCCGAGAACAAGAAGAAGAAAGAGCUUUGAUGGGGGGCCGACGGUCACGCAGGGACAGACGAUCGAUACGUGAAAGACAACGUAAUCAACGUGUCCAGAACUCACCUCCAAGCUACGCUCGACGGUCAAGUCCAACCUAUGAACCAUACAGAUCUCGAUCUAGUUCAAGCUCAUCGUCUCGUUCCUGCUCACCAGAGAAUGCUGGCGAAAUACAGUUCAUUACUGAAUUCGGAGCAUCGAAUACCCAAUCACCGACCAAGCCAGACAACAGUGGUGAUAGUCGUACGAGUACCAGCUCCUCCCGAGUCAAGGAUAAAGAUCGCAAAGAACGAGAACACGAAAGACGACGUAGACGGUCACGCGACCGAGAUCGUUCGAGAAGAAGCAGAUCACGUGAUCGCCACCGAUCACAUGGUAGAUCACGAAGCCGAUCACGCGAUAGGCGAGGCCGUAGCUCAUCAAGUGAGAGUAGUAGGUCACGUGAACGCAGUAGGUCACGUGAACGCAGUAGAUCACGUGACAGACACAGGCGGCGAAGCAGAAGCAGGAGCCGAAGUCGAAGUCGAAGCUAUCGUGAAGAACGUGAUCGUGAUCGUGAAAAGUAUCGUGGUCAAGGCCGUGUAAGCAAGGAUUCAGAAAGAGCUAAAGACGCUGCAAAGGCAUCUGCUAAAUUAACAGGAAUGAGCAAGACUAAACAAGAUUCAGACUCAAAGGACAAGACCAAACUAACUCCACAGGAGCGAAUGAAAAAAAGAAUGCAAAUGAUGCUAAACAAACAAUUAAAAAGUGACCGAAAAGAAGAAAGAAAUAAGCGAGAUGCCAAAGAACAAGAAAGAUUGGAUCGUGAAGAUGAUCUGCGGCAGAUGCAGCGAAAAUGGAAAGACAAAGGUCGGCGCUCGCCUUCACCGAGAAGCUGGAGCUCCCACAGAAGAAGCCGCUCAAGGUCUCCUGAUAGAAGUCGUCGUCGCAGUGAUUCACCUCCUUCACCGCCCAGGAAAGUUGCUGUGGUAGACUUUGAAGAGGAGACACAAGGAGAGGAAGUCAUUCAUUACGUUUAUGAGAACAACUAGUAUUCAUUUGAAUAAUAAAAGUGUAAAACUCGAAAAGAAAUGAAUUAAUAGGAUAGCUCCUUUUCUGUAUUUUACGGAACCAAAUUUGCCUUCCUAAAGAGCAAAGAUGACUGGUCCUCGCGGCCAAUCGGAUCACGGAGCUGAAUUAAAGGUCGUUAAAAAAGCUCCCUGCGCCCUCUCGGGUCCUCAAAUUCAAUGCACAAAGGGACGGUUAGAGUUCAAAUAGUAAACCCGCGAUAAAGCAUAAGUUAACAGUUUAAACCUGCUUUUAAAGUUAAUGAAAACUAACUCUUUAAAACGUACACAUUUUUCAAAGGUUUUCGGAGCCAAAGGAGAUGGUGGGCUCUUUCCAUUAAGUCGACCAUUCCAAGAGGCCAUUUUUUUAAUGGUACGUGUCAGUUCUCAUUAGUUUUGAGACCUCGGCUAACCAGAUCUAAAGGACUGAGGCAUACCAUUUGAAUACUGGCCACUCGUACUGGUGGGUUAGACCUAAUGGAAAGCGCCCAGUCAACAGGUCUUGCCAAGAACGAAAGGAAUUACGGUUAGAUCUAAACACGUGUAAUCGAUGUCUUUUAGCUUCGUCGACUACAAACAACACUGGAUAUGUUUGGUGUGAUUUUUGGUGUGAAAUGUGAUCGUCCCGGUGAGUGUAGUCCUGAGAAAGACUGUUGUUGGUGGUGACUGACGUUUCGACAACCUGAGCGGAAGUCAUGUUCAGAGUCCAGUGAGAAAACGAGGACCAUUUACUUCUUAACACUGGAUAUCUCAACACCAUUCAUUCCAGCUAUUGUUAAAUCUUGGAAUAACCUAACUCCUUCAGCUCUGAUAACCUUUUUUGAAAUACAUUGACCUCCGAGCCGAGCCUACGUACCUGACCAGCGUUCUGUGACAAACAUGGUUUUUGCGCCUUGAUGCUGACCAAUCAGAAACACAGGCCUUUUUGUACAUUAUUGUGGCACCUGCUACGCAGGCUAAAUGUUGGAGAAUAAAAUCAAUACUCUUUCCUUA